CAAAGACAAGUCUUAAUUCGUGAUCUCUUGUAUUUCUUCCAAUGUUUUUCUACUUGGAUAUUUAUCAAACUUCGUAUCCACAACCCAUUAUAUAUAUAACCAUGGUUUCCAAACAUUUCAUGCAUUCAAACCUUCUACUAAACAAUGAGUACCUACAUCAGAUAUGGCCAUCACUCAUGGAGUGCUCUCAUAGUAGUUCUAUGCAUGGCUCUUCUUUGCUGCGUUUGUGAAUGUAGGGUAUACAGGGGAAAAGCAGCCGGCUUUGUUCAAACCAAAGGAACUAACUUUGUUUUAAACGGGUCCCCGUUUCUUUUCAAUGGAUUUAAUGCGUAUUGGAUGAUGAAUGUUGCCACUGUUCCAAAAGAGAGGAUCAAAGUUACUGAAGUCCUACAAGAUGCUGCGAAUGUUGGUCUUUCAGUAUGCCGAACAUGGGCUUUCGCUGAUGGUGGUGACAAAGCUCUUCAGAUUUCACCAGGAGCAUACAACGAACAUGUUUUUCAGGGACUGGAUUUCGUUGUAUCAGAAGCAAGAAAACACGGCGUUCCUAUCAGCAGUGACGACGAUUUUUACACCAACCCUAUAGUCAAAGAGUAUUAUAAGAACCAUGUCCAAAGAAUUAUAACAAGGGUCAAUACCAUCACCGGGAUCGCAUAUCGUGAUGACACCACAAUCAUGGCAUGGGAACUCAUGAACGAGCCCCGCUGCCAGGCUGAUUACUCUGGAAGAACAGUUAAUGGUUGGAUUCAAGAAAUGGCUUCGUUCGUGAAAUCAUUGGACAGACACCAUCUGUUGGAGGUUGGCAUGGAAGGGUUUUAUGGUGACACAAUGCCUGAACGAAAGCAGAUAAACCCUGGUUACCAAGUUGGAACUGAUUUCAUCACCAACAAUCUUGUUAGCGAAAUUGAUUUUGCCACCAUACAUGCAUAUCCUGAUCAAUGGUUGUCUGGACAAAAUGAAGAUUCACAAAUGGAAUUUAUGCAAAGAUGGAUGUGGAGUCAUUACGAGGAUUCAAGAGUUAUCCUAAAGAAACCGCUUGUUAUAGCCGAAUUUGGGAAGUCUAGUAAUAAUCAAGAAUAUAACAUUAACAAAAGAGACUCUUACAUAGAUGCUGUUUAUAGAAACAUUUACAUGAUGGCCAAUACGGGAGGAACUGUUGGUGGUGGUUUAGUGUGGCAGCUCAUGGCGGAUGGGAUGGGUUCCUUCAGCGAUGGAUAUCAAAUAAUCUUGUCAAAAAGCCCAUCCACAAGUAGUAUCAUUUCCGAACAAUCUCAUUCCAUGAGAACUCUAUCUCAUUUGUUAAGAAUUCGAUCUCAAAAUGUGCGUUUAGGAAAAGAUCAUAGACAAAACCAAAAUCUUAAGUCACUUGAAAAAGACACCCACUGUUUAGCACUUACACGUGGUAUCAGAGCCUUGUUUGAAGCUCUUGUAUGCCAAAGUAGAUGCCCUGAAAUACAGGCGGGUUCGGAAAAACCACUUGACAAAGCCCAAAUAGUAGAUUGCAAUCCCACUAGAAUCCUGAUGGAGCCAGAGUUAAAUACGUACGAAGCGAAGAACAACCAAAAGUGUCUUAAAGAAAUCAUUGAUAAGAUUCAAAUUCAAUGGAAUGAGGGAGCUUUUGGGAGUCAAAUAUGUCGAACAUGCAACCUUUGA